AUGCCCCGCAACACCCACCGUUCUACUGCCUCGCAAGCUCGUAAAAGGACUCCAACUACCCUGCGCCUUCGUCUGUCCAAACCGCCUGUUCCGGAUGUUCUGGAUAAUGACGAGAAUCCAACUGAUGAUGAGAAGGAGGAUAAGGAGGAGGAGGAGGAGGAGGAGGAGGAGGAGGGAGAUCGGAAUGGGAGGCAUGGGAGGACUGAAUUCAAACUUGUCAUCGAAUUCAAACUUGCCAUCAAAUUCAAACUUGCCAUCGAAUCCGAACCUGCCAUCGAAUCCGAACCUGCCAUCGAAUCCGAACCUGCCAUUGAAUCCGAACCUGCCAUCGAAUCCGAACCUGCCUCCUAUUCGAAGUAG